AUGGUGAGUAGUGUCUCGGCAAGCUUCUCUGACUUUGUUGUCGUGGGCAUAAAGGUCGAGCUUGGAUUGAAGAAUGGAAAAAUGAUAACCACCUCUAAAACAUCUGGUAAUAAUGUCAAAAAGUUUCCCAGAAGUUUUCAAAGAAAGAAAGAGGGUGAAACAAACGCAGUGUCAACCAAUCAAGGAAGGAGUCAUUCGUGGAAGAAGCAACAUCAAUUUGCUCAGCAACAACCAACUUAUCCAGUGCAGUAUAUUCAACAACCAUAUGUGGCAGCAGUCACAUCAAAUUUCAACCAAUCACAAGCUCCUGUCUAUCAACCUAUUCAACAAGCACCAGUAUACCAGCAAGCACCUAUGCCACUCGCUUAUCAACAGCCAAGGGCACAGGCUCCACGUCCACAAAAUCUUCCAAAUCAAAAUAGGGUACAAAGAGGUAGACCUUCUUUCGCUUCAAUCCCUAUGACGUACACUGAAUUAUACCCAUCGUUACUGCAGAAAGGGUUGGUGACUCCCAGACCUUUGGGUCCUCCACCAAAUCCUUUACCUCCAUGGUACAAUCAAGAUGCCCAUUGUACUUUCCAUGAGGGUGCCCCUGGGCAUGACUUAGAGGGAUGUUAUGCUUUGAAGCAUAUUGUGCGAGAGCUGGUUGAGAAGAAGAUCCUUUCAUUCCGAGAUGUUGGACCCAACGUAAAAAGUAACCCUCUGCCGGGGCAUGGUGAUAUUAAUGCCAUUGAGGAUGUUUCUGAUGUUUGUAUAAUCAAAAAUGUUGAAGAUGUUAAAACUCCGUUGCUAGCACUCCAUGCAAGAUUGGUGGGAGAUAGUUUGAGUGAUACCUGUCACGAAAACUGUGAAGAAUGUGCCGUUUAUCCAAGGGGAUGUGUUUUACAAGUUUGUGGUCCUGCAACAAAUGAGGAAAUUUCAGUCAUUGAACCCUUUUUCAAUCUACCAGAACCUGUUGAGAUAACUUAUCAAAGAAAAGAUGUUGUUCAUCCAUCACCCGUGGUAGUUUGUAUGCCUACCCCCUUUCCCUUUGAAAGCACCAAAGCGGUACCUUGGAAAUAUGACAUAAUUGUGGUAGAUGGAGUGGUAGAUGAAGAACCCAGAGAUGUUGAAGGUGAGAAAAGCUUGGAGAAUGUUGACACCAAUAUCACUAACAUCGCAGGGACGAGCAGAAUGACCCGCAGCGGUCGGAUUUAUACUCCCGAUGUCAAUAUAAUCCCUCAAGAACCAACAAGGGAAGCUACAACUGCAAAUCCUGCCCCAGAGUAUGGAGGGGUACAACCGGCAGUGCAAUCAGAUGAAGCGAUUGAAUUUCUAAAAAUGAUAAAGAAAAGCGACUACAAGAUAGUCGAUCAGUUACGUCAAACACCGUCAAAAAUAUCUAUCUUGUCCUUGCUUCUGAAUUCCCAAGCUCAUAUGGAGGCUCUAUUGAAAGUGCUUGCUCAAGCUCAUGUUACUCAAGAUAUAACGGCUGAUGAAGAUGCCUUAGAGACCUCUUUCCAAGCACUUGAAAUAUCCAAUGCCACACUUGCAAAAGUAAAGGAUCCUAUUGAGAAAACCAGUUUGUCGUUCGCCUCUUCGAAUAGUGCAAGGUUAGCAUUUGAAAGUGGAGGUCCUACAGGUUGGGGGCAAGUCAUCAAUGUUAGCAAGAAAAAUGAUCGUUUUGGUUUGGGGUACAAGCCUUCUUCUAAGGAAGGAGCCCUGGUCCCUGCAAAGGACCGCAUACGGAGCAUACAAGAAGUUUUCCUAAGCACAUGA